UCAGUCCCCCUCUCAUUUGACAAAACCCUAAAUCCCUCAUUUCUUCUUCCGCCUCUCCCUUCUCCAUUUCCACUCUCCUCCAACAAUGGCUUCCGCCGCCGCCCGCCCUCUGGUGUCGGUCCAGGUUGUCGAAUCCGACAUGUCCACCGACUCAACCCCCACAUCUCACCUUCCCGACGUCAUGAAAGCCCCAAUCCGCCCUGACGUCGUCACUGAAGUCCAUUCCCUCAUGUCUAAAAACUCCCGUCAAGCCUACGCCGUCUCCAAGAAGGCCGGUCACCAGACCUCCGCCGAGUCCUGGGGUACCGGACGGGCCGUUUCUCGUAUCCCCCGUGUUCCCGGUGGUGGUACUCACCGUGCCGGACAGGGAGCUUUCGGAAACAUGUGUCGUGGUGGUCGCAUGUUCGCUCCUACCAAGAUCUGGAGAAGGUGGCACAGGAAGAUUAAUGUUAACCAGAAGAGGUACGCCGUCGUCUCCGCCAUUGCCGCAACCGCGAUCCCUGCCUUGGUUCUCGCACGCGGUCACAAGAUUGAGACAGUUCCCGAGCUUCCUCUUGUCGUUUCCGACUCAAUUGAAAGCGUGGAGAAGACCUCUGCUGCUUUGAAGGUAUUGAAGUCUAUCGGAGCUCUUCCCGAUGUUGAGAAGGCGAAGGACUCCAUUGCUAUUCGUGCUGGUAAGGGUAAGAUGAGGAACAGGAGGUACAUUUCUCGCAAGGGUCCACUCAUCGUCUACGCAACUGAAGGUGCUAAGCUUGUGAAGGCAUUCAGGAAUCUUCCUGGUGUCGAAAUCUGCCAUGUUGACAGGCUCAACUUGUUGAAGCUUGCUCCAGGAGGUCAUUUGGGUAGGUUUGUUAUCUGGACCAAGGGUGCUUUUGACAAGCUUGAUUCAAUUUACGGGUCGUUUGACAAGGCUUCUGAGAAGAAGAACAAGUACUUGCUACCUAGGGCGAAGAUGUUGAAUGGUGAUCUUGCUAGGAUUAUCAACUCUGAUGAGAUUCAGUCUGUGGUUAGGCCUAUUAAGAAGGAUUAUGUUAGGGCUCCAUUGAAGAAGAACCCAUUGAAGAAUCUGAAUGUUAUGUUGAAGUUGAACCCAUAUGCCAAGACCGCUAAGAGGAUGGCUAUGUUGGCUGAGAAGGAGAGGGCUGCUUCCAAGGAGAGCAAGAUCCAGAAGAAGAGGAAGGUUCUAUCAAAGGAGGAGCUUACCGCCAUCAAAGCCUCCGGAAGGUCUUUCUACAAGACGAUGAUAUCAGAUUCAGACUACACAGAGUUUGAGAACUUCACUAAGUGGCUUGGAGUUUCACAGUAAUUUUGUCUUUUUUAGAUCAAGUUUUGUUAGACAUAUUUAAGCUUCAAUCAUCUGUGUUUUGGAUUUCGAAGACAUUAGACUUGAAAAUUAUAAGCUGUCGUUUCAAUUUUGUGCCUGUAGCCCUUGUAGUUGAAAGGCUGUUUACUGAUAUUUUACCUUCUCUCUGGUAUUUGCUGCACUAGUUUUAUUGUCUCUCUGAAAUUUGCUGCUCA